AUGAUCAUUAAAACCAUUGAUUGCAAUUCAAUCAAAAUCAGUGAUAAAAUGCUUUCCAAAAAGGAUAUCAUUAAUAAAACCAAUGAUUAUUUUUACUGUUUUUCGUCUAAUUGUAAAUAUAAGACAUUAAAUGAAAAGUAUUUAACUCAACAUAAAUUUCUUCAUUCUGAAAUAAAACAAUUUAAAUGUGAUUUCAAUAAUUGUAAUAAAAGUUUUCAAAGAAAAUCAUAUUUAAAUAUACAUAAAAAUAAUGUUCAUUUGAAUCGUCGUAAAGAACUGCAUUGUUUUUGGCCUAAAUGUCAAUUUAAAACAACAUUUAAAAACAAUUAUAUUCAACACAAAUUAAUUCAUUCAGAUAUCAGACAAUAUAAAUGUGAUUUUAAUAAUUGUAACAAAAGUUUUAAACAAAUGGGAAGUUUAAUAUCACACAAAAAUUGGAUUCAUAUGAAUAAAAGGUAUAAAAGUAAUGAAUUGAUUACUAAAUCUAAUGAAUAUAUGCACUGUUUAUAUACUGAUUGUGAUUACAAGACAACAAAUAAACAUCAUUUAAAACAACACAAAAUAAUUCAUUCAGAAAAACGCGAAUUUAAAUGUGAUUUUUGUGAUAAGAGUUAUAAACGAAACGAACAAUUAGUUCAUCACAAAAAUGUCAUUCAUUUAAAUAAUAAGAAAUUUAUUUGUGAUGUCAAUGAAUGCAAUAAAAAAUUUGCUCGAAAGAGAGAUUUAGUUCUUCACAAAAGUUGUGUUCAUUUGAAUGAAAAGCCAUUCAAAUGUAAUGAAGAAAAUUGUGGCAAAAUGUUUGCUAAAGAAUUCCAACUAAAGACACACAAACGCAAUCAUUCGGGAGAAAAAUCAUAUAUUUGUGAUUUUAUCGGAUGUAAUGCAAGCUUUAAAAGAGUUUCACAUUUAUCUCAACACAAAAGUAAUGUUCAUUUGAAUGAAAGGCUAAUCAAAUGUGAUUUUCCCGAUUGUAAGCAAACCUUCAAACAAACCAAUCAUUUGGUCGCUCAUAAAAAUCGCGUUCAUUUAAAACUGAGAUUUGUUUGUGAUUUCAAUGACUGUCACAAAAGUUAUACUGAAAAAUACAAAUUAAUUCAACACAAAAACUUUGUUCAUUUAAAUUCAAAUAAAUUUAAGUGUAAUGAAGAAAAUUGCGGCAAAAAUUUUAUAUCGAAUUCAGCGCUUAAUGUACACAAACGCAUCCAUUCGGGAGAAAAGCCUUUUGUUUGUGAUUUCAAAGAUUGUAAUAAAAGUUUUCAUAAAAUGGAAUAUUUAACAGACCAUAAGAGCACUCAUUUAACUGUUAAACAAUUCAAAUGUCAUUACAAAGAUUGCGGCGGAAGUUAUGCCAACAAUAGAUAUCUUCAAAGACAUGUUAGAUAUGUUCACAAAAAAUAA